AGCCCAAUGAAAACUCCACAGAGUAAGCUAGCAGCCCCGCGGCCCCCCCAAAACGCGCACGAAUCGGAAUGUCCGCGGCCGACUGGUACGCUCACAAGUCGCUCGGAGACGGACUCUACUGGAUCCAGGAACGGUUCUACCAGUCGCAGAACCGGGCUAACAUAUGGCUGCUGCGCGGCUCCCACCAGGACGUGGUGAUCGACACGGGACUCGGCUUGAGGAGCCUGCCGGACUACAUCGACGCCAUGGGGCUGCUGGGCAAGGACCCUCAGCGGAAGAACCCGCUGCUGGCCAUCGCCACCCACGCCCACUUCGACCACUCGGGCGGCCUCCACCAGUUCCAACAGGUGGGCGUCCACAGCGCCGAGGUGGAGGCUCUGGCCAACGGGGACAACUACGAGACGGUCACCUGGCUCAGUGAUCGGGAGAUAGCCGAGGCCCCCAGUCCCGGGUGGAGGGCCAGGCACUAUAAAGUCAAGGCCGUGCAGCCCACGCACAUCCUUCAGGAAGGUGAUGUCAUUAACCUGGGCGACAGGCAGCUGACGGUGCUUCACAUGCCCGGGCACUCGCGGGGCAGCAUCUGCCUCCACGACGGCGAGAACAAGCUGCUGUUCAGCGGCGACGUGGUGUACGACGGCGCCAUGAUCGACUGGCUGCCGUACAGCCACGUCAGCGACUACAUCGGCAGCUGCGAGCGCCUGGUGGGCCUGGUGGACAGUGAACAGGUGGACCAAGUCCUGCCAGGACACUACAACACCUUUGGCGCCAAACGCCUCCACCGCAUCGCCAGCUCGUACAUCAGCAGAGCAGGAACGUGCCCGGCCAAAUUCUCCACGUGGGCGUGGAGCACCGUGGCCGGCGUGGCGCUCAGGGCGUCCCACCCGCGGGGCGUCUGCUGAUUGGACGCCCGGAUAACGGGCGAGUAUGCACGCGACAGAUGUCAUUUUUGCCAAAUUUUCUGCAUAUGUUACCACUGGAUGACACGAUGAUGAAGUAUAUUGAUCAAUGUGAUUAUAUGAUAUUCUAAUUUAUUGCUUGGGUCUGGGAAAACAAAAAUAAAGUGGCCAAAAGCACUUUUUUUGUGUGCUUUCAUCAAAUAAAUGCCCUAAAGACAAGAUUUAGCAGUUGUCAAUAGUCUGAACAAUAAAAUGCUUUGUUUCAUGUAAAUCAAACACAACUGUAAAGAGAAAAAUCUAAUGGGCUCUUCAUUUUUUUUCCCCAGAGCUGUAACUUUAUGUAUGUUUUAUAUACAGUACAUACACGUGUGUGUGUAUACUCAUUUAUGUAUAUGUAUGUUUAUUGCACACGUGACGUUCCAAUAGCACAAGCACUGAGGUAUCGUAUUUGUCUAUGCAUACACAGCAUCUGCUACCUCCCAUGUUUGUAACAGUGCUUUCUUUGUACUACCCGUGUAUUUACGGCUCAGCUUUUUCAACACUGACAAUAAAGCAUCCGUCCUACCUUC